UUGGAGAAAUGCCAUGAAUCUGCUAAACUUACACAGUACUGGAUACCCAAGGAAGGCGAAUACGAUUUAGGCAGCAACGGCCAACCAAUCAAGUUGACAGGCGCCAAAGUCAAGGCGCUUAAAACAAACGAGGGUAAGCUCAUCGCCAAGGUAGCGCCCAACACCUACACCGCGUUCCAAAUGGAAGGCAGCGGGCUACUUCAAGACGGUCGCUUGAUCAACUUGGCUGAACACAAGAACGCUUUCAUGGUGCUCGAUCGUUCCAAGACGCCCUUCGGUAUCGGCCCCCAUGGUCAAUCGUUGGUUCCGUGGAUCAGUGUUGCCGCGAACGAUAUUGACAUUGGCACCCAUUUGUACAUUAAGCAACUGGACGGCGUCACCUUACCAAAUGGUUUAAAGCACAAUGGUUGUGUUCGCGUGGACGAUGAAGGUUGGAGUUUCAACGGCUGCCAUAUCGACUUUUUUGUUUUACAAUACAAGGCCUUUGAAGAAUUAGUCGAUAUUUUGCCCGAAACAGUAUCCGUCGUCGAAAAACAGUGUACCCUC